AUGGCGCAGGACCAUGUCGGCUCCAAGAAGCGGCGCCGCGAGCCGGUCAACGUCGAUACUAGACUGGUCGAGAUCUAUGAAGACCUCGCCAGUGAGAAAGAUGAAAUCCGGCUGAAGGCCGCUCAAGCACUGGUAUCCCAGUUCACGCCCGACAAGAACCCUGAUGAUGCGCAGAUCAAGAAAGUGUUGCAGAGACUCUUCCGCGGUCUCUGCAGCAGCCGCAAGGCCGCGCGCAUCGGUUUCUCAAUCGCCCUGACGGAGAUCUUGUCGCAAGUGUUUGCGAACCCCAAGGAAUCGUCAGAACUGACCAUCUCGGCUGUCGUGAAUAUGUGGGAAUCCCAAUCAAAUGCUUCGGGCAGCGAGUCGGGCCAGGAACAACGAGACCACCACUUUGGACGUCUCUUCGGCGCAGAGGCCAUCAUCAAGUCUUCUGUUCUGUUCAAACCGCAGGCUCCUUUCCCCGAGUGGCUCAAGGUCCUGGAUCUGGUUUUUGACCUUGCCAAGAAGAAGCCGUGGAUCCGGGAGGAGUGCGGCUGGAUCCUCUAUCGCUGUAUCUACGAACUGGCUUCCCAAAAGUCCGACGCCAAAUUCACGGAAAGCAUUCUCGAACGCCUGGCCUCUAACGACCUCGCCCGCACGCCCGAGGGUGUUUCUAUCUGGUUAGCUGCCAAGGAAUUGUUCCCGAAGGCCAAAUUCCCCAGCAAAGUCUGGAAGCAUGACGACCCGCUGGAUUCUCGCGAGAGAACCCAGCUCACCAAGGUCAUGAAGGAGUCUUCGUCCACCGACUCGGCAGGCGGAAGCCAAGAGAAGAACGUCAAGUCUUCUGGCGUGUGGAAUUCCAAACUCCAUUUCGCCUGGGAUGUCAUCAUAUCGAAGCUGGAUGUCUCGGAGAGCGAGAAGUCUAAGAGCAAGGGCUCCUCUCUUACUUUCAUCGACUUCUGGACUGAAGUUGUUGACAAUGGACUAUUCGCAGCUGCCUCAUCCGAAGAACGCAAAUACUGGGGCUUCCUGCUCUUCGUCAAGGUUCUCAACGAGCGUCCCUUGAAGCUAGCCUCCCAAGUGUUCACCAAGAACCUCGUACGCUGCCUGACCAACCAACUCGCCGUCGAGGACCGCUAUCUCCACAAGAUGGCAGUCAAGGCUGCCAAGACGAUGCAGACCCGCGUGUCGAAGGAGCCCGAAUUCGCCGCCGCCUGCAUCAGCGGACUGAUGGGCUCAGCCGGUGCCGUGAACUUCGACCAGGCGACCAAGACGAAGACGAUCGAAAAGAUCGUGGUCGAGGCCAACCUCGACGCCCUGAAGCAGAUCGUUCCUCUCUUCGAGACGCUCGUUGCCUCGCCCGCGACCAGCGACCCAAAGAUCGCUGCGUCCAACCGCCAGUUUUUGGCGGGCUUGCUCCUGUCUAUCGUUCGGUCGCGCGCCUCGGCCGGCGGUGAGGCCGAGGGCGGCAUGCAGGAUAUCCUCGAGCACAUUCUGUUCAUCUUUGUGCGCUUUGCGUACUUUGUGGACAAGGACGGUGGUGCGCAGGGCGCGAACCCGGCUUUCACGCAGCAAACCCAGGAGCUGUUCCGCAACAGGAUCAACUCGUGUCUGAACGCGCUCAUUGCGUCUCAGAAGUACGCCACCACCCUGCCCUACGCUGUUGUUCGCAAGAUCCGCGACGCGGCAAAGUCUGAGGAGUACGGGAAGUUCAUCAUCGACAUGGACGACACCCUCCGUGAGUCGAUCAAGACCGCUUUUAAGUCGUUGAAGAAGCUUUCUAGCAAGGAAAAGAAAGACGAGUCUACCGGAGUGGACGCCUUCAAAUUGCUUUAUUCGAUGACUAUCCUGCAGGUUUACAAUGGCGAUGCAGACGCCGUAUCUAUGCUGGAAGAACUCGACUUUUGCUUCUCCAAGAUCUACGGCGACAAGAAGUCCAAGGACGAAGAUGCAUCCGAUGCAUCCGAUGCGCUUGUUGAAAUCCUCCUGAGCUUUGCCUCGAAACAAUCCCAGCUCUUCCGUCGGAUGAGCGAGCAGGUGUUUGGCGCAUUCGCGGACAAGAUUACCGAGACCGGACUGGAUUCUCUGACUUCUAUCCUCGAAGCAAAGGAGAGUCUUGCCGGUCAGCAAGAGAUGUUCGACCAGCAGGAUGACGAGGGCGACGAAGAGAUGAUGGAUGUCGACGAAGAAGACAGUGACGUGGAGGUCAUCGACGCCGAGGCCUCCGGAAGCGACGACGAUGACGGCUCUGAAGCGGAGGAAGACGACGAUGUCACCGGCAACGACGACGAGGAGGCCGUGUUCGAGGCCAAGUUGGCCGAGGCGCUUGGAACCCACCGCGCGGACCAAGACCUGAACGCCGAGUCGUCAGAUUCCGACGCGGACAUGGACGACGACGAGAUGGAGAAGGUGGACAAUGCGCUCGUCAAGGUGUUCCAGGCGCGCCGGGACGCCCUGGGCCAGAAGAAGGACAAGAAAGACGCCAAGGAGAACAUGGUCAACUUCAAGAACCGCGUGCUGGACCUGCUCGAGAUCUACGUCAAGAAAUGCCACUCGAAGCUCCUGGCGCUCGACCUGCUGCUUCCGCUGCUGCGGCUGACCCGUCUGUCGAGUACCAAGCAGGUCUCCAACAAGGCCAACGCCGUGCUCCGCGAAUACACCAAGCUCUGCAAGGGCUCUGCGCUGCCCGCGAUCCAGGAGACGGAGCCCGUGUGGGAGCUGCUGCAGGCCAUCCAUAAGGAGGCGACGCACAGCGGCCCGCCGGCGCAUGCGUCGGCGUGCAGCCAGGCGAGUCUGCUGGUGGUGAAGGUGUUGGUGGCGCACGACAAGGACACAGUGGCGGGCGUGGUGGACGUCUACGCCGCCACGCGCAAGGAACAGCUCCUCAGCAAGAAGUGCCACGUGCAGCCGUCGUUCUUCACGGACUGGAACAACUGGUGUGUGUCUGCCGGCAAGCAGCUCAAGAGCAAGAAGUAG